AUGGCAGCUCCUACGAUGUCGGCGACGUCGCUCUUGACGGAGCACCUCGGGUACCCGCCCAUCUCACUCGUGGAUGACCUGAUCAAUAGCGUCAACGAGAUAAUGUACAAAUGCACGCAGGCGAUGGAAACGUACCUGCGACAGCGGCAUCAGGUGGGGGGCGAGGACUUCACGGAGGAGAUCAAAGUCGGCACCGCGAAGCUGGAGACUCUGCUGGAGAAUGCGGUGGACAAGAAUCUGGACAAGCUGGAGCUGUACGUGCUGCGGAACGUUCUGAGCGUGCCGGCCGAGCUCGUCGAGGGCGGGCACUUCAGACUGGCGCACUAUGACAAGCUUGUGCUGGACACAGACCCCGCGCCAGAACUGCGCAGCCGGCUGGAGGAGAUCGAGGCUGCGUUUGCGCUGCAUGACAUACUCCUGAAACGCGUCCGCGAGACUCGGCGCGCGCACGAGCGCAUCGUCAGCUUCAAGGAGCAGGUUCGGAACUUGCUUGAAAAUGGGGCCCCCUCUACGAAGGAGGAAGCCGAGCGGCUCCGCGCACUGCUGGGCAGCCUGCGCCCCGUCGACGAGACCAUGAAACUACUGGCGGUGCAGCUGCGAGCGCUGUACACGGAGAACGAGGCCUUCUGUAGCGCAGAUAGCGUGGAGGAGCUACUGUGCAAGUACUCCGCGCUCCAUCAUAGCGGUGCAACGCGGAGCGGCUACAUCCACAAUAGCGCACGCACGCUGCUCCGCCAGCUUUUCGGCGACGCAGCCGAAGAUGCCGCACCCGAUCACGAGCUCUCCCUAGCGGACCCGGAGGGAGGCACUAUCGACCACCCCAACUGGGACGCGCUACAAAAGCACGUGUGA